UAAGUAUUGGACUGUUUGGCUUUUGGUUCAGUAGCAGUUUGUUAAUAGAAAUUUGAUUUCGAGCAAUUAACAUUUAUGUGACAAUUGGCGAUAUGUGUAAAAUUCAGGUGUUGUUAGUAUGUUUGGUGGUCUGCAUAGUCCAGGCCGCCAUCCUAGACCCAGCCCUGUACCUGUCUCCGAGUCCCCCGCUGACGGGCGAGCCGGGAGCCUUAACUCAGUGGUCUGGGGUGCAGGCUGAACCUACCACGGAGUCGGCUACAGAACAGCAUUUAGAGUCAGAUGAGCUUGAAGAACCACAAGCACGAACAUUCUGGCCAUCCCAGCCAUCAUACGGGAUCCGAGGCAUCCAUAUCCCUCUCACCUUCAGCCUGACUGGUACCUAUGGAACCAAUGCUGCCCCCACUGGAAUCAUCGGAAGCUCGUACAGAACUGGCCUAUCUGGAGUAAUAGGGAGUAGCUAUGCCAGUGUAUCAGAAGAUCUACCCUUCGGGAAGUCGGGCCUGGCUGGCAGCAGCUACGGUUUGUACAGGUCUGGACCGGGCACUAGGAUCUAUGGUGGUAGUGGGGGUGCCGUUUGGAGUGGAUGGGGGAAUGGGAAGUGGGGGCAUUAUGGUAAGGGGUAAGGAAUAAA